UAGAUAGAUCUCAACAAAGGACUCCUCUAGUGAUGCUGCUCUCUUUCUCUCUCCUCCUCUCUCGGUGACUCCCAUUUUGACCUCAAGAGAACCUCUCUCUCUCUCUCUAUCUCUCUCUCUCUCUCUUUCUCUCUCUCCCACCGCCCAAAAUCGACUCUUCUCGACCGCUUCUGCUUCAAGCCGCAGCGGAGAAGGCGAUGUUGUGAUUCCUCACUCGGCCUCCUCUCGCUUUCGAUCUCCGCCGCUUAGAAGCGCGAGGAAGAGGACGAUCGAUACCAUGGGUUGUGUUGGAUCUACUCAGAAGGGAGAAGAGAAUAGUAAGAAACUCCGAAAGCCAAAGCCUUGGAAGCAUACUCAGCCGAUAACCAGUGCAGAGCUCAAACAGAUGCGUGAUGAAUUCUGGGAUACUGCUCCUCACUAUGGCGGCCAGAAAGAGAUUUGGGAUGCACUCCGGGCUGCAGCUGAAGCUGAUUUAAGCCUUGCGCAAGCAAUAGUAGACAGUGCCGGUAUUAUUGUGUCGAGCACCGACAUGACUCUUUGUUACGAUGAAAGAGGUGCCAAGUAUGAGCUUCCCAAGUAUGUUUUGAGCGAGCCCACUAAUUUAAUUCGGGACAGCUAGUUGUGACGAAGAACCGAAACAUGAAUAAGUUAAUGUAAAUUAUGUAAAUGACUCUCCUUUUGUUUCUUCAUUCAAUUCCUGUGUGCACUUGUAAACUGAACUGAAAUAUGAAUCAUAGUACUCAAGCUUUAUGUUUCAAUUCAACGGCACACACUUAGCUCUGAAAUUACAGGUGUGCUUUCGUGCUUAUGGUGUAAUAUGAAGCAUCGCAUAUAUCUUUCCUUCACUCUUCUAAA